AUGGCCGGGGUAUCGCAAGGGAGGAGGCUGCAGCUCAUGAGCAUUCCCAUCCAUCACCAUCCUGAGCCUUCUUCGUUCUCGAGCCCCGUCGCUUCCCUUGUGGAGAGGGAGGCUUGCCCAAGUUGUGGGCAUCCUUUCGAGCCUUGGAACCGAACAUCCCAGCAUCCAGCUCCAGUGCGCGAGACGCCGGCAGAGCGCGAGAUAGACAAGGAGACCUCCAGGGAUGCUGCUGCUGCGGAUGAGGAGGAGAUAACCUCCUGCACCCGCCCACACAAGAAGCCUCCUUUUGUCGUGCCGAACAGACUACCCCUCUAUUCUCCUGGCUCAGGCGUGUAUGGUGACCCUGACGAGCGAGGGAACUGGUUUCUCAUGACGAAUGCACCGUACGGAAGGCAUUCAAGGCCGAAGAACGACGUGUUCGGAGUCGGAGCCACCAUGUUCCCUCCGACUGCUCUGGUAGGAGCUGGAGCAGGCUUCGGUCUUGUCUGCGGGAUCGGACAAGGAUGCGGCAUCUGCCUCGGCAUGGGGAACGGAUGGAUCGCACUCGGAUGUUGUGCUGCUGCUGCUGCUGCUGCUGCUGCUGCUGCUGCUGCUGCUGCUGCUGCUGCUGCUGCUGCUGCUGCUGCUGCUGCUGCUGCUGCUGCUGCUGCUGCUGCUGCUGCUGCUGCUGCUGCUGCUGCUGCUGCUGCUGCUGCUGCUGCUGCUGCUGCUGCUGCUGCUGCUGCUGCUGCUGCUGCUGCUGCUGCUGCUGCUGCUGCUGCUGCUGCUGCUGCUGCUGCUGCUGCUGCUCACUCCAUAUCCCCCAUCACCUUCCCCUCCUCACUUCCUGAUACGAUCCCGCCAGAGCCUGGACAAGUACCUGGACUGGAGGGAGAAGCUGCUGGUGUCGGUGGAGAGGAAGGGAGGAUGGAGGAGCUGGUUCACCUCCCGAGUACAGCACAGCGGGGAGAGCCCAUCCUGCUGGAGCUGGAGCUGGAGCUGGAGCUGGAGCUGGAGCUGGAGCUGGAGCUGGAGCUGGAGCUGGAGCUGGAGCUGGAGCUGGGACUUGCGUCACUGGCUCCCUGGCAGAUGGGGCGAUAUGAGGAAGAGGGGUAG